AUGUCCGAUCAAACAAUCAACAUACCGCAGCUUCUGAUCGUAAUCCUGGUCGGGGCAUUCGCCGUACGUUAUCUAUUUUUCUCCGGCUCCAAUACCGCAUCGUCGGGUUCCAAUCGCAAUAGCGCAAAUAAUGUGCGAGCGCGAGAAGCAGAUGUAGAGCGUAUACAGCAGAUGUUUCCGCAGGUGUCGAGGAGGAAUAUCAUGUGGGAUUUACAGCGGAAUGGAGGAAAUGUGGUGGCUACCACGGAGCGGAUAUUGAGUGGUAGAGGCUUAGAAGUUCCUCCUCAAUCGUUCCAACCUCCGCUCCCAUCAACCCCAGUCGCUUCUUCAACUUCAGUCCAACCUUCCAAACCUAGCCAACCAGAUUUAAUAACGCGAUAUAAUCUGAAAGCUAAGCUAGCAGAGGAACAGGCGGAAAAACGAGAAGCCGAGGAACGAGAAUCGAAACAGAAGCAGGGAGGAGGACAGGCUUGGAGUUCCAACAAAAAUGAAAGACAGGCGCUUUUGCAGAGGAGGAGAGAAGAGAUGAUCCUGGCAGCGAGGAGGAAAAUGGAGGCUAAAGUUGCGAAAGAGGUUGAGCAGAGUGGGAGCGGGUAG